GGGAGCCGCGGCCCCGGCAGAGCAGCGCUCGGGAGCCCCGAGAGAAGCAGGCGGGAGCGCGCGGCCGAGCCCAGGCGCGGGAUGACAGCCCUCGGCGUGCAGGCCCAGAAGCUGCUGGCCCAAAGGAGGCCCCGCCGGUCCUUCUUUGAACCCUCCAUCCGGGCCCUCAUCAUCUUGUGCGCCUCCCUGGCCGUGGUCCUCUCCUCCCUCUCCAUCUGCGAUGGCCACUGGCUCCUGGCCGACGACCGUCUGUUCGGGCUGUGGCACUUCUGCACCACCUCCAACCAGGCUGAGCUGCACUGCCUCCGAGACCUGAGGCAGGCCCACGUGCCCGGGCUAGCCUCGGGCAUGGCUGUGGCCCGCAGCGUGGCCACCUUGGCCGUGGUGGUCGCCAUCUUUGGCCUGGAGCUCCUCAUGGUGUCCCAGGUGUCCGAGGACGCCCACUCGUGGCACAAGUGGGCCGUGGGCUCCGCCCUCUUCCUCCUCGCCUCCAUCCUCUCCUUCGGGGGCCUCCUGAGCUUCCUGACCCUCCUUAGGAACGAGGUCACGCUCAUGGGCCUCAGCCUGACGUUCUGGAGCGAAUUCACGGCCUCCUUCCUCUUCUUCCUGAACGCCAUCAGCGGCCUCCACAUCAACAGUAUCAGCCGGACUGACAGCGUCACGUACCCCUGGGGCCUGCCUGCAAAACUUUAGGCCCCCCCAGCGAGGGCGCUGAGUUCUACCAGAAAGUGUGGUCAAGAUGGGACUUCUCCAACAUGUGACAUUCGAACUGCCGCCUCUCGGCCUUGGGGUGGUCGGGCCAGUGGCCUUUGCAGCCCAGAGGGCAGGUGGGCGCCUCCGAGCCACCAGCUGCACCAGCUUAGCCACGUUAUUAGGAUGUUGACUUCACAAGAAGAAACAUAUUCUGAAACCCA